AUGAGCAAGUCAACCAGCUCACUUGUUGGUGGUGUGGUUUUUGUGACCGGUGGAGCAUCGGGCAUUGGGAAGGGUACUAUAUUUGGAUUCAUUGCCAGCGGAGUGAAAAACAUAGCCAUAAGUGAUGUUGAUCGGACCGCAUUAGAAGCAUGGGUGGCUGAAUUAAGCACUCAAUAUGAAAAUGUCGAUGUGCUCGCGAUACCAACAGACGUCUCCUCUGAGCCCUCAGUCAAUGCUGCCAUUGAGGCAACCGUCAAAAGGUUUGGCCGCAUUGACAUUGCAGUGAACAAUGCUGGUGUGAGUGGCCCGCGAGGAGAGGCGUUUGACAUAUCGUUCCAAGAGUGGCAGUCUACAAUCAACAUCAAUUUGAAUGGGGUAUGGCUGUGCCAAAGAGCCGAGAUUAAACAAAUAUCCAAGGGCCUGCGAUACGGGAGGGGCGUCAUUGUCAACGUCUCAUCAAUGUAUGGUGUUGUUGGGAUAUCGUCCAGCAUGCCGGCCACGGUAUAUGCAGCGUCGAAGCACGCAGUGAUUGGUCUAACGCGAACGGAAGCCAACAAGUACGCUCAACAUGGGAUCCGCAUCAAUGCCAUUUGUCCCGGCUAUGUCGACACUGCCCUAUUGAAGGAAGCUACAGCAGCUGGCCACAUGGAAGCAGAAAUUCUAGCUACUCCGAUGAAACGUAUAGGCCAGGUCGAGGAGGUUGUGGACUGUAUCAUCUUUCUUGCGUCCUCCAUGAGUAGUUUCAUGAGUGGGUCGACACUCAUAGUAGAUGGGGGCUAUACUUCCAAGUAA